AUGCUCCGGCUCUCUUUAUGUUCCUCAGACGCCAGAGGAGUAAUUGAAACAGCACGACCCUCAGUAACUGAAGGUGCGGCUUGGGAUUCACUGUGUGUAUCUGCAGCAGGAGCAGAUUUCGUAACUGUGGCGAUCUUGCUCCCUAACGGCAUCCCUUGUGUGGUCGCAGCUGUCUCUUUAUCCAUCCGGGAGUGUUCCUACAGUGCAGAUGAGGCACAUGUCUUCUGUGGAGGUAGAAGCGAGCAGGCAGUUGGUAGUUUCGAAAUGGCCUCGUCUACCGAUGUUUUCUCAGGAGGGACACUUGAUCUUAAAGCAGCAGCAGUGGUUUCAGAUUUGUUUUGUUAUAAUCAUGUUAGUAUAUGAAACUAUAAAGAUGAAUUUUACUCAAUUUAAAAUGAAACAGAAGGCUUUUUAUGAAUGAUCUAGAUUUAGAUCCAGUGUCCCUGGAGCUCACUCAGAUGGUGGCCAUUCAAGUCACAGGCCAAGCCAAACCCAUUUGUUUUAUCUUGGAUACUAUAUAUUAUUUAUAUUUUGGUGCAGAGUUAUUAUGAUCAUAGCUAUAUAAAAUAGGGGAAACAUGACUACGAGGCUUGUUGCCUGGCUGUUCUCUAACUAUGUAUAGUCUAACUCUGCCUUCAGGAGCCCAGCAGUUACCAUCUGCUGUUGAACAUCCAUUAUCCUGUAACAACCAUGUAAACUUUGUUGUUUUAUUAUGUAUCAGAAACUGUAAGAAUAAACCGGAAGAAACUCUCAGUCUGAUGCGUAUUGAUGUUUGUAACUUACACACAGAAGAACUAUACUAUAGAUGUAUAUAAACAUGGCGAGCCACCUAACAAGAAGAAUUAUAUCAUAAGAAGAUAUAUAAAGGACUUAUUUCAAUCACCUUGGAAAAUAGAAAGCAAAUUUAUUACACUCUUUUAAACCUUUAGCAUGAGCAUGUAUAACGUCUUCAAAUUCCUCAUGGGAAAGCAUUGAUUCAAUGCAUUCCUAUGGGGAAGCUUUAAUGCAUGCAAGUAGAGCAUUGUGCUUUAGGUCUUGCCAUUGUCGUGACAUCCUAACAAAGGAGCCUUGGGGGUGGAAAUGGGUAAGGGAGAGAAGUAUUUUUAACCCUUAGAUCACCUGUUGAUGGGGGGCUAUUAAUUUAGGUACAGGUACACUGUAGCAUUCGGAAUACAGGUUUGUAUUUCUAACACUAUAGUGGUCCUUUAAAUAUAGGAUGCAAUCUCCAUAAUCCCAGAUUAUAAUUUUUUUGGUCAGGAUAGUGCGGUUUUGCAUUAUUUAAUGAGAUAUGAUCAACUUCCAAAAACAUAUAAAGGUAAGUCCAUGUGACCUCUUUCCAAAUUGGGCAAAACCAGCUUUGUUAUUCCUGGGCAUUUAGAAUGCAAGAUUUGCUGACAAGUAUCCAAAUGAGACUGAAUAUGGACUAGAUUUCAGUUGAACCAAACGUUGCUGGACAGCUGAAAUUGGGAUCUGGGGUGUUAAAAUACAGGGCCAGAUACUUUUUACCCCUUUUAUAACAUGUUUUUUUUUCCUUGGUGACCCUUAAUCUUCGGUUACAGAUUAAAAAUAGAUGCUUACUCCUACUUCCUUGAAAAUGAUUUCUGUUUCUAAAUUGAUUUUUUAAUUUUAUUUUAUUUUUUAGAUAUUUUUAUGCCGUCAGAGCAAUAUAUGUUGCAACUGCAGAACCACAUUGUUGACUCAAGAGGAAAUAUGGCAGCUCCAGUGGCUGAGCUAGACCAACAGACCUCUGUUGUUACUGCCUUGCAGAUGGGUAAAACAAAAAUAGUACUUUUCCAUAAAAGUAUCCUUUCUGCUGUGAAUGUUUUUCAGAAUCCACUAAAUGCAACAAAAGAGUUAGUGUCACUACUGUUUAUUUAUGGUUUCGAUACAGCACAUAUGUCAAUUCUGUAUGGUUAGAAAAUUGACUUGUAAUUUGUGACUUGUAACUUAAUAUCAUGUGCAGAAGAGUACUUCCACCAUUUCUUAUGCCUGCCUGUGCCCAUGCCCAGCUCCCAACUUUAUUUUAAUAAACUGGCACAAUCAAGCUGUAAGCAGUAAGUAUACCAUUCUAUGACUGAGCUGCUCACUCCCACAGGUACAUGACUCCUGGAUGCUCAGCAGUUGGACUUCAGCCAGAUAAAUAUAAAGACAUAUGAAAUUUUGUGAUUAAAAAUUAGUUCUUAUGUAUUUUUUCCACCGAUGUGGACUUCCUCAGGGACUAGAAAUACAAAAUUACAUUAAAACUGAAUCAUUCAACAUGUAAUUUAGAUGUUGUUUGCAUUCCACUGAGUCACAUGAGUUUGCCAUCUGACAAAGAAAUUAUCAGUCUAUAAUUUUAAUGGUAGGUGUAUUUUAACAGUGAGAGAUAGAAUAACAAAAAAACUAUCAAGAAAAACGUAUGUCAAAAAAGUUAUAAAUUGAUUUGCAUGUCAAUGAGUGAACUAAGUAUUUGACCCCUUCAACUUAGUACUUGGUGGCAAAACCCUUGUUGGCAAUCGCAGAGGUCAGACGUUUCUUGUAGUUACCCACCAGGUUUGCACACAUCUCAGGAGGGAUUUUGUCCCACUCCUCUUUGCAGAUCCUCUCCAAGUCAUUAAGGUUUUGAGACCAACAUUUGGAAACUCGACCUUCAGCUCCCUCUAAAUAUUUUCUAUGGGAUUAAGGUCUGGAGACUGACUAGGCCACUCCACUGGGGCCUUUAUGUGCUUCUUCUUGAGCCACUCCUUUGUUGACUUGGCUGUGUAUUUUUAGGUUGUCAUGCUGGAAUACACAUCCACAACCCGUUUUUAAUGCCCUGGCUGAGGGAAGGAGGGUCUCACCCAAGAUUUGACGGUACAUGGCCCUGUCCAUCGUCCCAUUUAUGCGGUGCAGUUGUCAUGUUCCCUUAGCAGAAAAACACCCCCAAAGCAUAAUGUUUCCACCUCCAUGUUUGACGAUGGGGAUGGUGUUCUUGAGGUCAUAGAAAGCAUUCCUCCUCCUCCAGACACAGCAAGUUGAGUAGAUACCAAAGAGCUUGAUUUUGGUUUCAUCUGACCACAACACUUUCUCACAGUUCUUCUCUAAAUCAUUCCGAUGUUCAUUGGCAAACUUCAGACAAGCCUGUACAUGUGCUUUCUUGAGAAGGGGGACCUGCAGGAUUUCAGUCCUUCACGGUGUAGUGUUACCAAUUUUUUUCUUGGUAACUAUGGUCCCAACUGCCUUGAGGUCAUUAACAAGAUCCUCCUAUGUAGUUCUGGGCUGAUUCCUCACCGUUCUCAUGAUCCUUGAGACUCCACGAGGUGAUCUUGGAGCAUUAGACCGAGGGAGACUGACAGUUAUUUUGUGUUUAUUCCAUUUGUGAAUAAUUACACCAACUGUUGUCACCUUCCAACCAAGCUACUUGGCUAUGGUCUUGUAGCCCAUUCCAGCCUUGUGUAGAUCUAUAAUCUUGUCCUUGACAUCCUUGGGCAGCUCUUUGGUCUUUGACAUGGUGGAGAGUUUGUAAUCGGAUUGAUUUAUUGCUUCUGUGGAUAGGUGUCUUUUAUACAGGUAACAAGCUGAGAUUAGGGGCACUCCCUUUUGGAGAGUGCUCCUAAUCUCAGCUAGUUAUCUGUAUAAAAGACACCUGGGAGCCAGAAAUCUUGCUGAUUGAUAGGGGAUCAGAUACUUAUUUCACUCAUGAAAUCAAUUUAUAACCUUUUUGACAUGCAUUUUUCUGGAUUUUUUGUUUGUUAUUCGGUCUCUCACUGUUAAAAUAUACCUACCAUUAAAAUUAUAGACUGAUCAUUUCUUUGUCAGUGGGGAAAACGUGCAAAAUCAGCAGGGGAUCAAAUACCUUUUUCCCUCACUGUGUAUCUGAAUCAUAUACAGACACAUAUGGCAUAAAACAAUUAAAAAGUGCAGGUUAUGUAUAUAAUGCUUACGUAUUGGUGGAUGAAUAUACAAUCUUUAAUGAAACCUAACAAAUCUCACUAAUAGGACAGGUCUGGAAAAAUUCCAGGCAACCAGGAAAUUUGUCCUGGCGUCUGGGAUUUGUGAGCCCAUUCAGACCCCAAAGUGACCGGCUGCCUUAGAUUGGAGGCAGGCAGUCAGCGCAGGGAUGGCUGACACAGGCAUGCGGACAGCCGGCUCAUGGAAAGCUGAGGGAGGCGAUGGAGCUGUAAUCUCUGUUUUGCUCCCUUGUGGGCUCUUCAGUAAUGCCGGGGGUAAAGUUAUCACGUCCGGUGUUCUAUCAAAUUCCCCUACCCGUGCAAAUUCCCCAUACCCUGGUCAUUUGCGUUGAGGGUAAUCAGCUGGCCCCUGUGCUGCACAUGCGUGGUAGCACUCCUGCUGGGGUAGGGUAAUCUGAUGGAGUCUCUUACGAGAGUACAGUAAGUACAGUAGUCUGGCUAUAAAUAUACAAAAUAAAGGCUAUAUUAGGUUGUUAUUGCUCUAUGCAAAUAAAGCCUGCAAUAAAUCCAGUGCAUGCCCUUUCUUCUUCCAUACACCCCUGCCGGUUGUUAGAAUGAAGCUCUGUUUUUUAUGCCAUACAAGUUUAUGUGCAUAGGAAGCUGAAUAUGUAGGAAGUUGGCAUUUACUGACUAAUGAUGGACACUGACGCAGAAGUAGACUGUUGGGUAAGUAGAGUUUUAUAUAUAUGUUUGCAUUAUUUAAUAAAGGUUUCUGGACCGAACAAGUGCAUUUUAACUAUUGUAAAAUUCAGCUUUAAACAAAUUGUAAUGAUUGUUGAAAUGCAGAAUGAUUUUAAUAAUUAGUGUUUUAUCUAGUAUGUUUAUUGCAUGUUUUACUUCUUAAACCAAGUCUCUCUAUCUCAGAAUAAUUCCUUAAUUGAAAUGUUUAGAUAUUUACAUGCAGGGAGCCUCACGACUACCGAAUGGCACGAUCUUUGUGGUGGAACCAGUGUUCUUGGGUUGGUGUUAGUGUUUAUAGCACAUUUUGGAAUUGUAAGCUGUUGUCCCAGUAUUCUGUGAAAUAGGUGCUUAGCAGAGAAAAAUGUAAUAAUACAUUAUUUUUACUAACUUUAAUGUGGACUGCAGACACCUCAAGUCCUCGGUGCAGGUAAUAAGGUUUCUAAAUCCAUCAGUUGAAAUCACAGAUAAAUACCGCACUCAAUUGUGCCAGUUAAGUAAAAAAAUAUAAAAGACAUUGCAAAUUCUAAUAUUGAGAUAUAUAUAUAUAUAUAUAUAUAUAUAUAUAUAUACAUACAAUAUAUCAAUAUUAGAAUUUGCAAUGUCUAUUAUAUAUAUAUAUAUAUAUAUAUAUAUAUAUAUAUAUAUAUAUAGACCAAAAUAAAAUAAGAUCAUUAUAUCAGACACAAAGCAGAUACAAUACAAUGAAUGCGUUCCGUGCCUGUCUUACAGACACUUUCUCAACAUAAACAUUAUAUCUGAUAAAAUAAUUGUGACGGACCGCCUGGCACCUCGACUGGGUGUCUCCUAGUGCUCGCCAAGGGCUCCAAGCACUCCACCAGACACCAUAAGCACUGUAGACCUCACAAACCGCCACAGCUUGGUUGGGGUUUUGCUGUCCUUCACCCACCCUGGACCUAAGACAAGGAUCCAGUUUCCAGUGGGUGGACCUCUCCUCCAGAGAGGCUGUGUAGCUUUUAAAAGAGCUAGUUAUUAUAGCCAGUAUAGUAAUCUAAAGAGCAAUCCCAGGAGCAGGGAUUAUUGCUGGUAUAGCAGUUCCCUAUAAUAAGAGACAGGACUCUGUAUUGGGGGUGAAGUAAAACUGGUUUAAUGGUAGCCACACUGGCCUUUUAUGCAAGUCCCCAUGACACCCACAUGGACCUUGUUGGGGACAGGUACACAAACUUACAAACCGAUGAUAAUACAUUGACAAUGUAAGGCACUUCCACACAUGGCAUACAAUCCCUCCCCUCUGCCUGGGAGAUAAUUGAGUCAGAUACUGCAUUAACCCAAUUAUCUCUAGGCAGAAAUAAAACACAUUUCUAAAAAGUUCCAAAAGUACCCCAAAACACAUGAUAUCCCCACAUGUUACAUCCACUGAUAGCCCUGAUCUGGGUGACCAACAUAUCCAAAAUUCACCCAGAUCAGUUCAGGGAUUCAAGAAUUUUAUGGAAGUCAUUUAUUUGACCGACCGCAGGCAUGGUUCCAUUUUCCAGAGACUGCUUGCGGUCGGCCUAGUUCGAUAGUUUGAAAGCGAACAAACUACCGAACAGAGUCAAUAGUCUAACCCUGGAGCUUGUUCCCUUCAUCCAGACGAAUGAUCUCUCCUAACAGUGCCCUUCUAAGUUGAAUAGAAUCAAAUGCAGGUGAUGAUGGAAGUCCAGCGGUGUUAGGGAGUUUCUGUAUCCGAAUUUAGUUAAAUGAGAUUCAUGCCCAAACACCGCUGCCUGCGUUUAUGCGAACAAGAUGGUCUCUGGGUCAUGCAGUUGUUCAGUAAUUCGAAGUGGCUCUUCAAAUUGCUUUGGUAAUUCGAAGUGCUGCUUCACAAGUCCAAAGGGCACAAAUACUGUUUUCAAAUAGGGUUUAACAUCGGGGCCAUAGUCACAGGGUAAGAGGCUGGCAAGUAUGCCCCUUCAAUGAUCUGUGACGAGGUCCAGGUAGUCACAAUAAUCUUAUUUAAUUUAGUUUAUAGGUGAUCCUUUUCCUUAACACCAGAGAUUAACCUCUAUCCCUACAGGUUACACCGACAUUACCUUACACACUACAUCAUGAAUUAAUCCCUGUUUUAAACAUUAAUUUCCAUACUACCUGACCACUUUUACUGCCUUGCUCCCUACACUAUUUGAAUGACCAGCUGUAGUGGUUAUGGUGCCAGGAUUACCUUGGCACACACUCAGGAGUAAGUGUUCAAUUGGUUUGAUAACUUCCCAGUGGAUAGUCUACCGCUCAUCCCCUGUUGUCAGAAGCUCCAGAUUAGCUUUGCUGAGCUAAGAAUGGUCUUGCUGGACUGCAUAGGCUAAGAGCAUUAGCUCGGUGCUUUCAGCCAAUGAAUGUGGCUCUGCAUGGCCAAGUUUAGAUCUGUUCUUGAAGCUCCUACAAGCAUGGGUGGUGGCGGCUGGGAAUGGGUACGUUGUCAAAGCAUUUGACGACUUAAUCUGGAAAUGUACCAGGGCACUGCUGGCUUCAUAAUCACUCAAGCAGGCUGUUUUGGUUAUAGUACUUGGAGUGUACAUUUAGCACACUAUCCACAAAAUAUCAUGUAAUAUAAAUACAUUAUCAGAGGAAAAUGUGUAUAUGUGUAUGUAUAGAAAUUCUUGUAACAGAUAGUGCUUUUUGGACAUUAUGAAAUACACUGUUGUUGUGUCCACUCCUCACAGGAUUUACAGUUCAUCCUGGAGACAGAUGGAUUCUUGAAACUGGAAGACAAUAUGAAAUUACUAUUGAUGUAUUUGACAAAUUAAGUAACAAGGUCUAUUUAUCUGAUGUGAGUUUCCUUACCUUUUAGUAGUGUUUUGUAUUAGCAUAAUUCCAUGGUAUUUUUCAGUAACCUCUGUAAUUUAUUUUAGGUGUAGUGUAAUAUAACUACAUUAUUGCUACACAACCUACAGACUUAUGCCUGGGUCCCAAACAGAACAUUAACUAUCUCCCAGGACUCUCAGCUACUAAGGCAAGCUACAGCCUUAUGCAGAGCCCGGGUCCCAAACAGAACAUUAACUAGCUUCCAGGACUCUCAGCUACAGCCUUAUGCAGAGGUAGCUCUUUUGGAUGGUUCCGACCACCCCAAGGAACUCCCUACAUUUAUUGAUAGCACAAAUUACCUGACUUUCCAAACACACUAA